GGUUUUGAGAGGCCGGCCGCUGAGGGAAAAAAAUAAUAAUCACAAUCAAUGUUGAUAUGGGACUACAUUUUUUACAAUAUUGGAUAUAUCAAGGCGAUGUGGUGGCAGAGGACGCUGUGUGCUGCGCUGCUCUCGACUGUAGUGGGAAUUGCUUAGGAGGACGUCGUUUACUGUUUUGUGGUGUUGGAUCUUGAAUUUGAUGUUAAGGGAAAAUGAUACUACACCAGUGGAUAACAAUAGCCGAUUCUACAAAAUAAGUUCAUCUCUUGGAGAAAAGUGAAUCGUUGUGAUACUGCAUUAUUUUUCUCAGAUGCAACUUAUCAGCACCACCACCACCACCGGAGCAAAAUUGCGGCACUCGCUGCUGCUAAAAACCUGACAACCGAGAAUUGCAUUCUAUGAAGUUUGUUAUCUUAUCUCUGCUCUUAAGAAAGCACUCUGUUGCCACCAUUGGACCCCGCGUUGCUAAGCUGUGACCCCUCCUCCGUGAUUUGUAAGCACUGAUUGCUGACAGAAGUAGAGUAUGCCCGGCUAUCAAUAAAGGAGUAUCGGUUACACCAGGCGCACACUUAUAACGUGGAGUAACUUUACAGAUGUGUGGACGCGGUGUCCGGCUGACUAUACCGUGUGGAUCUUUGUAUGUUUGAUGAGCAAGAACUUAUCAAGGUUUUUAUUUUGUUUUAUUGGUGGGUCGCAGAGCAAGUUUACUGCCGGUGAUUUGGCAGCGCAGUACCCCGUGAGUGUUUCGCAAGCAAUCAGCGUUUAGUCGUAACAUCUCGGGCAAUAAAUUUUAUGACGUGUGUGUGUUUUUUGUGUUGUUUUAUUUCCCCUCCUGCAAUUUGGAAUACUUCUUCAUUUUAAGCAGCUCCGAGAAGCAGUCAACGGUUAAAAAUGACCGGAUAGCGUAUCUAUCUGGUUUUGUGGGGAUUACUCACACAAUAGCUCCGCGGGACAAUCGGUGACAAUAGCCGGCGCCUUGUACGGGACAAUACCGGCUGGAGGCUACAGCGAGGGCACGGGAGACGAGAACCGGCGGAAAAAUUAAGUUGGAAGACGAAGUAAGAAGAGGCAACGAACAUGAUGAAGAAACUCUGUAUGGAGUGCCGGGAGCAUUUUUUAGGAGGCACGGGGGACUCCAGGCGUCUUGGAGGAGUCCUUAUCGCCCUAGUCCUCAUCCUUGUCCCGAGUGUGGUGUCUGCGGAGCCAAAUAGCGAGUUGGACAGUCAGAUUGUGAGGGCGCUGUCGGAAUCAGUUUGCGGGCGUCAGUUACGUCAUCUCCAAGGCAACGAGGGCGUGUCAGAGGUGAUUCCCCCGAGACUCAAGGGAGAGUGGAUGUCGAUGAGAUGCGAAGUUCGGCCCGGACCAGAGUUCGUCCUGCGCCGUUACAAGUUCCACUCCGAUUCCAGUUUCAGCUUACAUCAGUUCUUCUACACCGACAACCAGUGUCGCAACCCGGCCUACUCACUCAAGAUCAGAGGCACCCUAGCCCUCGGCCAGCAGUCCUGGGUCACCGACGGCGCCACCGAAGCGGAAUACCAGGUAUCAAAGGUUACAUUGGUUGUGUACGACGAGAAGUUCGGCAAGACUUUAAAGACUCAGGUGAACCGGACCUGCCCUGGGUUUUUCAGCUCCACGAGUAAUGACUUAGAGCUGUACCAACGGUAUCUUAUCAUUGACUGGGAGCAAGAGGGCGCUUUUACCGACUGCACGGAGGCUAUGGAUUUCGCUAUGCAUGAACUACAGAUCGUCAGGAAUGAGCUGGUUACGGAAUUCAGUACGCAGUGGGCUAAGUUUGUGUCUUGGGAGGAGCUUUAUCUUGGGGAUAUCCACACGGUCAGGGCACAGAGGAUGUACUACAGACCGAGAGCAUACCAACCUCCAUUGAGGAAAUAUCAGGCAAACUGCAGUUUCUGUCAGUUCAUCCACAACACGGAAGAGUUCAACCCUCCCCUAUUGGGUGCCAAGACCGAGUACCAAGUCAUCCUACGCAGCGAAUGGGUUAGCACUAAGUGUGAGGUACGUAAGGUCCACUUCGUCACCAGGCACCUCGUCUUCCACAACAACUUCACCUGGGAAGGGUACUUCUUCUACUACCUGGACCCCAUGUGCCAACACCCUGUCUACAGCAUCUAUGUCAAAGGGACCCACUCGGACGGGACCAAAUCGGAGGCCGUCAUGGGAGGGACUGAGUUUGAAUUCGUGACCAACAAGAUGUGGAUCACGCCCCAGAACGUCAUACAGGUAGAUAAGUUGAACAACAACCAGAACGACUGCGCCAGGGCGGGGUCGUGGACGCUCAACGAACCCCAGGAAGUAACGAGUACGAACGGGUGCGCUCCUAUCGGAGUGACCCUCCCACACACCGAGCUGGAACUCAUGCGUAUGGAGCAGGGAGCCGGCGGUAGAGCGCUCCUAUUCAACGGCCUCCAGUCCACGGACGAGGAGCUUCAAGGGCUGGUGGGGCCCACGUCCUACCAAAGCCCACUUAUGCACUGUGCGGGUGUGAACCCGCUAAUAGACAUAACAGUCACAUCACAGGCUGAUGAUGACAGUGGGUGUGGUGGACUCACUGCGUCAUCAUACACGCUGUUGAUGCUACUCUUAGGGGCGUGGCUUGUCCUCUUUUUAAGACACUGAUGAAUGGUGCAAGUUUAAACUCUUUCAUGGAGCAAGUUUUAUCCUAGAUGCAUUCGUUGUUACUGAAGGUGGGAAACUGACAUCCGGAACCAAGUUACAUUUGGUGAAACAUUUGGUGGAUACCAGGAAAAUGAUCAACCGAUCGUGUCUCUGCAUCUAAGAAGUCCAGUUACAAGACUACAGGCCUACAAAUUUCAAACUAAAAACACUUG